CUGUAGCGGGGGAGGGGCGAGUACAUAAGGAAAAGUCACCCGUUGGGUUAGUUAGUGCUUCAUAGACACCCGCCUUCAUUAAACCCCCCUCCCACCUGCGACGUGUGUGGGCGGCUCCGGGUAGUAGCGUGUCCCGGAUAUUGUAGGGGGGGCACCACCACCUCCUCUUUCUCCGCCUCUUCCUCGGCUCUCUCCUCCUCCGCCCAGCUCGCCCGAAUACCCGCCCGGCACCGGCAGCAGCGAGAGCAUCAUGGCGCUGAAGCGGAUCCACAAGGAACUGAAUGAUUUGGCCCGCGAUCCUCCAGCACAAUGUUCUGCAGGCCCAGUUGGAGAUGAUAUGUUUCAUUGGCAAGCAACAAUUAUGGGUCCUAAUGACAGUCCAUAUCAAGGCGGUGUCUUUUUCUUGACGAUCCAUUUUCCAACAGACUACCCCUUCAAACCUCCCAAAGUUGCGUUUACAACAAGAAUCUACCAUCCAAAUAUUAACAGCAAUGGCAGCAUUUGUCUUGACAUACUCAGAUCACAGUGGUCCCCAGCUUUAACUAUUUCUAAGGUUCUUUUGUCAAUUUGUUCACUGUUAUGUGACCCAAACCCAGAUGACCCUCUAGUGCCAGAGAUUGCACGGAUCUACAAAACAGAUAGGGAAAAGUACAACAGAAUAGCCCGGGAAUGGACUCAGAAGUAUGCUAUGUGAUGAUACCUUCAAGUCUAAAUACACCUGCAUUAUAGCUGGAAUAAAAUAAACUUUAAAUUACUGUUUUCCCCUCCCUUUCAGACCUCAUCUUCUUAUCCCUCAUUAUUUUAUUUUUCUUUUCUUUCAUUUUGUGCUGCCUCCCUUCAUGCACAUGCUCAUAUGAGAAGACCUUAGCUCAGCAUUGGAAAGAAACUGCUCUAGACUGUCAAGUAGUUGCCAGAAUACGAUUGCCCAAGAUCCUUAAUCUUAUCAAAAUGAGCAUGUGUUAAAACAUGGCCGUCGUCUUCACUGUAACUUGGUUAUGAGAUAAACCCAUCCUUCAUUUCUUACUGAAGUGGUGAAGAUUAGGGCUUUUUUUUGGGGUAGGGAGGGGUGAAGUGUCAGGCAAAAUUAAAUUAAAAAAAUAAAAUCCUCUGUCUUAUUGUAGGAUUCAGCAAUGUGGAGUUAUUAUGGAUAUUUUGGUCACAACCUUCAGACGUUUAAGACUUUUUUUUCAUUUAUGCUCAUAACUGAUGUUUUGGGUGGAGAGUUGGUGUUGAAUUAUAUAGCUGCAGAAUUAAUGUAUUUUAUGCAUGUAAUAAACAUGACAGAUAGAAAUUGGAAGGUGAAACCCCCUUAAAUAACAGAGGUUCAAAAGUUUUGUAACUUUUCAUUGAGGUUUUUAUUUUUUGGAGGCUGAGCUAUUAGUUAAUCUCUCUUCCCAAACACUGUUAAUAUAGCACUGAAUAAAAUGAUUCAAGCGUCAAUGGAUGACUGAUCAACUAAUAGCUCCAUUUUUUUUCUUCAAUAAAGUUGCAUAAACCAAUGUGUUAGCUGCCUGAAUUAAUCAAUGUUUGCAACCUUAUUUUCUAUGUAAAUUCAACAAAUCUGUGUGUAUAUAAAGUUUGGAUUUUGUUCUGUUUGACGUCAAAUGAUAGUGUAAAGAGCAUAAACUUUUUUUUCCUUCUUCUCCUAUGUUCAUUUUAAUCUAUUUAUCCACUUAUAUGCCAAAUCAAUUAUUGCCCAUUCUGGGCAUAAAUUCCAGCAUUUAAUAUUAAACUGGUUAGUGGUGUGAGGGGGAGAGGGAGGUCUGGGGGCAACCUGGUCAUAUAACAGAUUGAGCAUUCAUGGUAUAUGAUCAGCUAAUAAAAAUGUUCCUAACUUCUGGAACAUUUAGUGGCAGAUCGCCAUCAGCCUACUAUUUAGUAUAUUUGCACAUCAAGACAUGAUGGUGAAGGGCCAUGUGGGCAUAUUCUACGCGACCAAAUCCUGCCUGACUUAGGCAUGUGGGUCUUAUCGUGAAGCUUGUUUAAAAGUGACUUUUUUUUUUUUUUCUCUCCCUAAAUUUCCUUUUUUGUGAGAUGUUAAUUAGAUUGAAAGGAUUAUUUGCUCUGCUGUUUACAAAAUACGUAUUUUAGUGAAAACAACAAGUUUAAUCUCUAGGUGACUUAUCAUGAAUGAAUAAAGCAGUACUGUCGUUUCUCAUUUCACAAUAAAAAAAAGCUGUCUGUGCCAUUUA